CGCGCCUUCCGCACUCCACCGGCUAGCCCGUGUGCUACUGUUAGCUCCCGUACAUCACCUCCAACACAACGUGUGUUUAUGUUUCAUCAAAAAUGAACGCCGUCUUAAAAAAAGGACUCCAUGAAAACAGCCUCCUCUUCAAAAGGUCGCUGGACAGAAUCGUGGACAAGUAUUCAAAGCUCCAGCACCUGGACGGGGGGAUGGAGGUGGACCUCGCAAAUACUCAACAGCGAACGCUUGCACGCUACAUGAAGCUGUCUAUUCAAGAGCUGAGCGAUCUGGAAUCAAAGAGCCUGACAGAUCUGAGCGAUACGAGAGCAGAAGACUCUACAGGAAACUCUCAGCUGGAGUUCACGUUACAAGAUGAUGGUGCUGAUGAUAGUAGUGCAUCCAGCAGCCAAUAUUCCGAGGAUGGUGAUGGGAUGGCACAAAGUAACAGGACUGAGCUGAUUAUUGGCUCAUCGGACGAGAGUGAGCAAUACUUUUCUGAAACGGAGCUCCAGCCUGAGGACCAAGAUGAAGAACUGGAAGUCAGUCUGACAUGUCACGGGAACUCUUUCGUGGAGCUCUUACCUGGCAUGAUCAGUCGAAUAGAAACGGCCCGGCAACGGCAAAAUCUCUCCAACGCCGCUGACUCUGUACUGAGGAGGUACCACAGGUGGCGACAGCAGUCGGCAAAAGGCAAUCUGAACAACACUGUGAGGCACAGAAACCCAGGAAAGAAGACCAGCGGGGUGCAGCUCAGGGAAACCUCUUAUAGCCCAGAGAGAAGGCAGUUCAUGACGACUCAAUCUGCCCCUCGCUCUCCUUUGCAGUUCUCAACCAGUCGGCUGGCUUGGCAAGCAGAUCAGCCAUCUCCUGGAAGGGAGAGGGGCCCGAUGAGAAGAGAGCAGCACCACUCCGUCUGCGCAAGGGACCUCUCUAGACACUUUAAUACCUCCAAACCGAAAGAGGUCUCACUGAAUCCGACAUACUCGAUGCCUGGACAGCUGGGAGAACGUCCUUGCAGUUAUGCUGGCAGUCCUUCACGGCCUUGCUAUCCCACUGCAAACCCAUCCUUGGACCUGUCACUAAGGUCUAAAAGGCUUUCUCAGUCUGCACACUCAGAGCAGGCUCCUGGGUGCUCCACAUUUGCAUCAGAAGUCUCUUUUGCAGAAAGAUCUGAUAUCUACAGCUCCCCAGUUAGGCAGAGUCCCAUAAAAUCUCAGAUGCCUGGACAGCUGGGAGAACGUCCUUGCAGUUACGCUGGCAGUCCUUCACGGCCUUGCUAUCCCACUGCAAACCCAUCCUUGGACCUGUCACUAAGGUCUAAAAGGCUUUCUCAGUCUGCACACUCAGAGCAGGCUCCUGGGUGCUCCACAUUUGCAUCAGAAGUCUCUUUUGCAGAAAGAUCUGAUAUCUACAGCUCCCCAGUUAGGCAGAGUCCCAUAAAAUCUCAGAUGUCUGUACAGCUGGGAGAACGGCCUUGCACUUACGCUGGCAGUCCUUCACGGCCUUGCUAUCCCACUGCAAACCCAUCCUUGGACCUGUCACUAAGGUCUAAAAGGCUUUCUCAGUCUGCACACUCAGAGCAGGCUCCUGGGUGCUCCACAUUUGCAUCAGAAGUCUCUUUUGCAGAAAGAUCUGAUAUCUACAGCUCCCCAGUUAGGCAGAGUCCCAUAAAAUCUCAGAUGUCUGUACAGCUGGGAGAACGGCCUUGCACUUACGCUGGCAGUCCUUCAUGGCCUUGCUAUCCCACUGCAAACCCAUCCUUGGACCUGUCACUAAGGUCUAAAAGGCUUUCUCAGUCUGCACGCUCAGAGCAGGCUCAUGGGUGCUCCACGUUUGCAUCAGAAGUCUCUUUUGCAGAAAGAUCUGAUAUCUACAGCUCCCCAGUUAGGCAGAGUCCCAUAAAAUCACGGUUGAUAAACAGCCUCAGUAGAUCCCCUUACGUCUUCUCUAGGAGCCCCCGAGAUAAUUCUGAGGAAAGCUUUUCCCGAAAGCUCAUGAGGCGCAGAUCGAUGUCUCCUUCUCUCUCCUCCCCUCCACAUAAACCUAUAGUGCCACAGAGGAUGCCUUACCCUCAAGACUCCCGUCCCUCCCUCCAGCCACAGCUGCAUUCACCUCAAUCAGCCACAGCAGAUCGUCCCAGGCUUCGGCGCCAUCUCUCCUUGGACUCCUCCCUGCCAUCCAUCGGUGCUUCCUACUCCAAGAAGGAGAUUGAUGAGGAACUCUUGAGACUCUACCACAAGUUUGUCUGCCUGAACAAGUCAUCUUUCUUUAAUAGCCAUCCCUGCCGUAUCUGCGUGAGGUGCCCUCAGGCCAGCAGAGCAAACUCGUCCUCAGCGUUGGCUGCUCUGGCCUUGUCACCGCACCGCUCUAUCCUGAGGAAACGCAACAGGAAGCUGGCCAUGGGCGAUCAUCCCCUGCCCAAGCGCUCUAGGGAAGAGGGCUACACAUCCUCCCCAGGCUCCAAACGCCAUGGGAAUGAAAUGCUGAGGCGUCGUCUCUCCCAAUCUGAGCUGUCUCGUGAUGACCUCUUCUACAGCUCAAGCAAACACAGCAUGCGUAACAAAUUCAGCACGCAGCAACCCACAGCAGACGCUCAUCAGGAAGCCGGGAUGAGACAGAGACGGCCUGUCUCAGCGGAGUUUUAUGGUCUCUGUGGUUUUCCUGAGAGCAGCCUUGCAUAUGGCUCCUCCCCCAGGAAAUAGAGGACACAGGUCACACCUGCUCUGUAAAAUCCUGCCCAUACAGGUUCUCUAACAAGUUCCAGAGUGGAAAACCAUUCAGUUUGUCAUAUAACAAAUAUCAAAGUAUUAUAUCUAGUAGUGCAAGGUUUCCAGUACAAAUAUUGUUUAACUUUAGUUCUCAAGAUAAACAGUGGAUCUGUAUUUCUCAGAAGUUGUGAAGCGAUUUUCCAUCUGUUAUUUUUGUAUGCUGUAAAAAUUGGUUUUAAAUGAAAGGUUCACAUAUGUUGCAGAAUUGUUAAUUUCUGUAGUAUCUGUUCAUUUUUAAUAAAUGUGUAAAUGCUGUUUCUGGUAUUAAAAACACAAAUGGUGCGUGCUCA